AAGAAAAGCGCGCGCUUCAUACGUUUCAAAGCUCAAAGCUUGCUGUGUUCAAUUUGCCGGAAACAACCGAAACGUGAAGGUGCGAAAAUGAGCUUCUUCUACAAUGACGCUCCCGAAGAGGACGACAUCCUGUACGGCUGGGAGUUUGACUCCUCCGACGGAAGAUACUACCGGAUUUACUCGAGGCGCCACUGCGCUCCUUUUCCGCGGCCUGCGCCGUCCUGCCCCCAAUCGGGCCACGUCCGUCCCUUAUACGUCAAGUAUCUGGAAGAUCACAUCGACGAGUUCCUGCUGGAAUGUAUGUUUGCGCCGUUCGGGACCGUAACCGGAACGAAGAUCUUUCUGGACCGGCACGGCUACUCGAAAGGCUUUGGGUUUGUUUGGUUCGCCAACGAUGGGGAGGCGGCCGACGCACGCUACUGGAUGGAUGGCCGACCCAUCGAGGGCACCGAACUGUACGUGGCCCCGGCGGAAUAUUGGGAGGAUCGACAAGCUCGACUGGCCGAGGAGAGUGGUCAGUACGAUGACGAUGAUGACUAUUACGAAGAAGAUGACUACUACGAUGACGACGACGAUUCAAUGGAUCAAGCCUACUACGAUGAUCGUAAUUAUCACGGAAAUAACCAACCAAUUCAGCAAGCUCCGUCAGUAGUCAACGCCUACUACAACUACGAAGGAAACCACGCAAAUUACCAACCGCCACCAGUGCCAAAACAACUGGAACCUGUGCCAAUGCCAGUCCGCCAACAGCAUACCACUGUCACCCCGGGUGUCAUUGUCACGGAACCACGAGGACCUCCUCCAGCGGCCACCCCUUGCUCCUGUGGAACGCCAGACACCCCGUCCCAAAAGCUGAAACUUGCUCCGGCCGGAUGUGCCGCGGCUUAACAGUUUGCAUCGAUU